AUGUCUGAGGACCAGCCUGAGAAAUCUUGUGGUCGAUGUCGCAAACAAGUUGAUGCCCUUCAUUUAGGCCCAAGGAAAAGACUGAGUGUGACUGAUCCAUUGGUACACUAUGGACCCCUCCUUACAAAUGGAAUCUUGUGGAUGGGAGAAUUGGCUGACACUCCAGAAAAAAAAAUUACUGCUGAGGAAAGGUAUGAGCAUCAUGUUUUUCAAGAGCUCCUCAAAUCUGUUGCAGGCCUAGAAGAGCCCUUGAUGCAGGGUGGAGAUGAUGAAGUCGACAUUGUUGCAGAGCUGCUCACCAAAGGUGCAUCUGGAGUAAGGGGCGAUGAUACCAAAAGCCUCAAAGGUAGUGUACUCAACUGGAUCACCCCAAAGGGACAGAAUCUUGUCCCUCCUCUUGCUUGCAAUGUGAAAAUUGACCAUGGUUUCCACCAUGAAUGGACAGGCACUUUGCUUUGUUCUGCCGGCAUUGACUGGUCAAACCCAGAUGGUGAGAUCAUUGUGACUGGAGACCAAUGGCCAUUAUUCUUGUACACCAAUUACCAUUAUGAUCCUGAAGAUCCAUGGAAUGGUUUGUUUCAAAGUUCCUUACUGGUUUGUGCCUACAAACACAUCUUUAUGUCCCCUAGUUCUGUGGACAGAGAACCAAAGGCAACUCAUUCAGAUAAUGCUCGGAUUCACAGGAUGACUCGAGUUACUUUGCCGUUGGUUGCAUACAUCGCAACACAAGUCCAAUUUGCCCUCACAUCAUCACCUGUGUUCUCGUGUACAGACACAGUUACUGACUCUGAAAGGUUCUACAAUUCCAUUUUGGACAUUUUUGAAGACCCAGAUGAAAAACAAGAGGUGGAUAAACUUGUUGUAUGGUGGAACAGGCAGGUCUUCCCUUCGUACUCAACUGCUCAACAUCCCCUUGCCAAGAAUAGUGCACUAGCGAGGAUUCAGGAGAAGUGA